GCUGUUGGUGUUUGUGCGGCGUGGCUUUGUGGGACCGGGACCUUAAAGAUAGCCACAAUGGCUGAAAAUGGUGAUAAUGAAAAAAUGGCUGCUCUCAAGGCCAAAAUCUGUCAUCAAAUUGAGUAUUAUUUUGGUGACUUCAAUUUGCCACGAGACAAAUUUUUAAAGGAACAGAUCAAACUGGAUGAAGGCUGG